AUGGGUGCCUUUCCGUCUCAUGAUGCCCCUGAGCUCAUAUACUCAAUGUUAGUUCUGCGUCCAUCGACAAAUUCUCAGGUUGAGGUUUGCCUGGUGCCUCUUCUGCCGCGUUUCUUCAAUGAUGGGCACAAAAAGGCGAAGAAGAAGCUCAAUGAACUUCUCGCCAGCAAAGGAGCGCAUCAAUCGUCACUAGCGGCGUCACUUGCCCCUCGAGCCCCAGCGACUAUAGCUCCAGGGAAGGUUCCAGAUCAGGGAAUCGGUCACGCCUUAGUGGACUACUUCAUUUCCAGUACGGAGGGAUCCUUUUUUGUAACCACAAAGGAUGCCGUAGUUAGUAAAGUGGCCAUACAAGCGGAGCAAGGUCAAAGGGAGAGGUCUGACAUCAGCACUACUGGAGGAAGAUCCGCACCAGGUACCGCCUCCACAGGUGAGACACAACCCUCCAAUGCACCAUCUCAUACGGCGCAUCAUUCGUCAUCCCACCAGGCAAUGUCCAACUCUGUGCGGCCGGUGCCAUUUGCCGUUUGUAUUGUGGAUUCGGAUGUCUCCACGGGAACUCCGGGCACCACUGGAGGGUCCGCACAAGCGGCAGCCGCUAAGCACCAUCAUGUACAUGCCAAUAAUGUUGUCCUUAUCAAAGGGCGGCGGCUGCAACUUGUUGGCUUUAUUGCAUGUUGUAUGGAUCGCCCUGUGCGACACAUGACCACGGCAAAUCCUGUCAAACCACAUGGAGCUAGCGGUGGGGCGGGAGCAACCUCUGGAGAGGGAAAGAAGCAAGGAAUCCCUGUCUGUCUGGAUGUUAUUUUUGAUGAUACAGAGGCACAUGGGUUCCUUACCGAGUCUGUAGUGUUGUUGGCAUCAUUUGCCUUCCGCAAGCAAUUCUUGAAUUGUUGUGCUCUUCACUUUCGGGCCGGGGAUCCCGAUGUGGAAUCAUCAUUUGGGCGCCACAUGGACCCCUUGCAGCUUCGACUAGUGAUGAGGCAUGACAACUAUCGCAUUUUACGCCUGUUUCAUAGCCGGUACCCCCUGUUAGACAUGGUCAAAGAGCUUCGCGUAAGCGGGGGCUCGUCGGCCCCGCAGUUCUCUCUCUAUGAAAACGAUGGAAAUGAGGUUGGUUUAGAAGUGACGUUUGGUAUGAAUUUUUUAACGCGGUGGAUGCGGUUUGUGGAGAAGAUGAUGCACGUUGAGACGGUGGUUGGUAACCACAUCCGUUGCGGUACCACCGCCAUAAUGUCGGAGCGAGAUAAACUAAUACAGGAGCGCAGGGACAGUGGCGCAUUCCUGGAGGAGGAGGAGGAUGAUGAGCGAAUCUUUGGGGGAGCCGUGUACGCCGUGUCGCUGAGGCGGUGGACUGCUGCAGAGAAGCAGGCGGUUCAGCAACAACAGCAAGUUCCAUUGAGUGGAGCAUCUCCCAUGUAUGUGUAUCCCACUACCGCUGCUCCUGGUCAGUACUGGCCACAGAUGUCCGUGAUGAUGGGGCAACCUCCAGGGUGGCCCACUAGUGUUGUUCCUUUGAGUGCUGCUGCUGCUGCACCGACGGCCGUGGCACCGGUGAUUGGGCAACAACAACCAUUUGUUAUUCAAGCAUCAGGGACGCGACCGCAAUUGUACUACGCGUCGCCGCAACCGACUGUAAGUGGGAACGCCACUUUUGUUACCCAGAGCGGUAUUCCGAUAGUACAGCAAGCAGCGACGGCGUCUCCAUUUGGUGUUGCGGCAACACAACCCGCCUCUGGGCAGCAGAUCGUAUACGUCAUGCAGGGCGCCCAGGCAACUUCCGCUAGUGUUGCAGCCCCUACAGUUUCGGCUAUGGCGCCUGGCAUGACUCCUCAAGCAUUUUAUUAUCCCCAAACUACCGCCUACGCUGUUCCCUACUCUCCAUACGGCUUUCAGCAGCAACCACAGCAACAAUUGGUAACACAAGCGACUCAUAUUGGCACUCAACAACAACAACAGCAGGUGACAUCGGCGGGGCAAGUAGCUCAACAGUAG